CUGUGUUCUCUAAAUGACAUUAUAGGACCUCAGGGACUACAACGACGUCGCUGAAGUAGGCACAUAUUUAGCAGGAAACAACUUUGCUGUUAUCAUCAUGUUGUCAAAUGUGCUUCAAGACAGAUGGCAAUGUUGUCUGUCAUUAGCUAGCACAUUUCUCAGUGAAAAUCCAUGAAUAUAGGCCUAAAAAUAAUAAUUGAUGUAAGACUUAUAAGUUCUUAGAUCAACUCUCCAGUAGGAGGUGCUGCCCAGCCUAUUGUUUUUUUUCUUCUGAUAGUGGAUAUAAUGUUCCAGAUCGGACAUUGUUUCAAAUUUACCCUCAAAACAACAUGUUGAAAAUUGGUUACCCUGGUGACAUAACCCUGUGGUUGAAUUUUCACCCUCAAAACAACAUUUUAAAUGCAUGACGUUUUGCAAAUCCAAUGUAUUUUCCAUGUCACAAUACAUUAACAAAUUAAGUUGAAACAACGUUGAUUCAACCAGUGUAUGCCCAGUGCCUACUGGGCACAGACAUACAUUCAACAUCUAUUCCACGUUGGUUCAACAUCAUUGUGUUAAAAUGAUGUGGAAACAACAUUGAUUCAACCAGUGUGUGCCCAGUCGGUGGGUUGUCCUCCUCUGCCGCUAUUAGUUACUCUGGGUGACGUAGAGGUGGGCUGGCAAAGUGCUAAGUGGUGUAGUUUAGAAAUGCUAUCAGUGUAAUCAAAUCAUCACAAGUCAACGAGACUCCAGAUAGCGCGCUGUUAGUACACCCACGACUUUCGGAUGUAUUCCAAUGCAAAUAUCUUGGCGGAGCUGUCGUACAAUUGUGCAGAUGUGCGAUAGCAUGCAAGAGUGUUUAGUCGUCUCUCUUCCAACUUAUUAUCUUCAUUCAAUAAGUUGACAGAUAGUGCAGUCAAACUAGUGUCGUUCUUUGAAUGACUUGUCCUGCAGUCGUUAAGUACGUCCAGCACUUUGUCAGUCUUGUAUCAGUUCUCAAAUCAGAUCCAUACUUGAGCUCAAGACCUGUCAUCCUCAAAGCGCGUCCCCCGGAACUCUGGAGUGGACAGAUAUUAGAGGGACAUAUAACUUGUUAUACACCGCUCUAUGUCAUUUCUUAUCUUUUGUCAAAAACAAGCGACACAAUGGAUUUCUCGCUCUGCCGCCUAAUAUGUCUUGUGAUUGCAAUCACUAUGUUCAAUCAAAGGGUAGAUUCCAACAAGAUUCUUGGGCUGAAGAUCCCCAAUAUCGACCCCAUUCUCAAUGCUAACACCGUGUGCUUGACCCUGCCUGGACUGAACCACAGACAACUGGAGGUGUGCAUGAGAAACCCCGACGUCACCGCCUCGGCCAUCCAAGGCAUCCAGAUCGCCAUCCAUGAGUGCCAGCACCAGUUCAGAGGACACAGGUGGAACUGCUCCAGCCUGGAGACCAGGAACAAGAUCCCAUACGAUAGUGUGGUUUUCAAACGAGGUUUCCGAGAGAGCGCCUUUGCAUACGCCAUCGCGGCAGCGGGCGUGGUCCACGCCGUGUCCAAUGCCUGCUCCAUGGGGAAGCUGAAGGCGUGCGGCUGCGACGAGAAGCGGAGAGGCGAUGAGGAGGCUUUCCGCAUCAAACUGAACCGGUUGCAGCUGGAGGCCAUCCACCGGGGGAAGGGCAUGGUGCACGGAGUCAUGGAGCACUUCCCUGCAGACCUGCCCGGGCCUCAGGACUCCUGGGAGUGGGGAGGCUGCAGCCCGGACGUGGACUUUGGGGAGAAGUUCUCCAGGGACUUCCUGGACUCGCGCGAGACAUACAAGGACAUCCAUGCCAGGAUGAGGCUCCACAACAACAGAGUUGGCAGGCAGGUGGUGAUGAACCACAUGAGACGGAAAUGCAAAUGCCACGGGACAUCAGGAAGCUGCCAGCUGAAGACCUGCUGGCAAGUCACACCGGAGUUCAGGGUGGUAGGCUCGCUGCUCAAGGAGCGUUUCCACAUAGCCACCCUCAUCAAAGCGCACAACAGGAACACGGGCCAGCUGGAGCACGCCCACCACCCCACACACAGACGGCUCAACGAGCUGGUCUACUUUGAGAAGUCCCCGGACUUCUGCGAGAGGGAUCUGCGGUCCGACUCGGCCGGAACGCAAGGGAGGAUCUGUAACAAGACGAGUCACGAAAUGGACAACUGUGAAAGCCUCUGCUGCGGGCGAGGCCGUAACAUUUUACAGCAGACCCGCAGUGAACGAUGCAACUGCAAGUUCCACUGGUGCUGUUACGUGGUCUGCGAAGAGUGUCGAAUAACAGAGUGGGUCAGUGUCUGCAAAUGAAGAAAUGGCGAAAUGUAAUAAUCUACCUUUUUUUUUUAAAACAGAGAAAGACUGCAAUACACCCCUUCCCUUUGCAAUGGACUGCCAUUUCCAUUUAAUAGAAUGGAUCGCACGAAAACAAGACUGGAAUAUAGCCAGUUCAAAGAGGUGCAUUACCAAUGUGUGCACAGCAUGUGUCCAACCGCCACAGUUCCGAGACUCUAGAUCUGCACUGCCUUUCAUCUCGGAAAGUGUUUUUAGGAUACAUUAGAUUAAAGAUAGUGAGAUACUAUGGAUGGUAUUGAUUACUGAGCACUCAUUUAUUUAAACAAGGCUUCCCGAAAAUGACAAAUGGCUGAUUUUGUUAUCUCUAGACUAAAACAACUGCAUGGGAUCCCGGUAAUUUAAGAAGAAGAAGACAAGCAGCAGUUGGGGAAAAGCUAGAGAUUGUUCCAGAAUGUUACAUCUACUCUUGCUAUACUCAGAGCGACAGGUUAACCAUGUCAACUCAUUUCGAAUGUGUUGUAAUGUUUCAGGUUACAAAAUAUGGCAAUUCUAGAUGUCACUCUGCAAAAUGGCUACCUUGUCCCUCACAACAGUACAUUUGUCCAUACUGGAAAAAAAAAAAAAAA